AUGGGGAGCUCAACCGGUUACACCGACCCCUUUGCCACGCUGGGCCUGCCGCCCACAGCCAGCAAGGCGGAAGCCAAGGCGGCCUUCCGAAAGCUGGCGCUCAAGUGCCACCCAGACGUCGACCCUUCCCCGUCUGCGGCGUCCCGGUUUUCGGAGAUCAAGCGAGCAACAGACAUGAUUCUGAAAGGGCAUUAUGCCACGCCCGCCGCUGGGCCAGGGCCCGCCAGCGCCCACAGCGCCUGGCAGGCAUACGCCCGCACCGCAGCAGACUCCCACGACUGGCGGCCUCGCAGCCGCAACACGGCCCUGUGGUUUUGCGCGGCAACGCUGGUCGCGGGCUUUGGCGUGUUUUGGGGGGCGCUGGCGAGCCACGAGUGGCUCAGUGGCUACACCUGGCUGACGCCGGCAGAGGUGGAAGACCGCAUCCGCCACCCCACGCCCCGCCGCCGCAAGCUGCUGCGCCUGAUGAUGCAGGAGCGGCAGGCGCAGGGGCAGCAUGGGCAGCAGGCCGAGCAGCAGCAGCAGCCGCGCGGGGAACCCGACUGA